UAUUUACUUUUAAAUCAACCUUCGAUCAUUUCAGAGGUAAAUUUUUUCCGCCGUUUUUUUCACAAUUUCUCAUAAUAAAAAAAAAAAACGUUUUCCAACACUUUUAAAAUCGCGUCAGUCGUUGGCGCUUGUAAAAUUCCAGUUUUAUUGAAAUAACUUAAAAUAGGGUGAUAAAAUGACUCCCUUAGACGCGGACACGGUGCUUUUCAGCAUAUUGGCCCUGGUUAUUGUUGAAAAUGCCCUGGAAAUCUAUAUUGCACUUCGCCAGGUGAAAGUGUACCGAACUGCACUGAAAGUGCCAGAGGAAUUGGCGAAACACAUGGGCGAGGAGACGUUCCAUAAGGCACGAAAAUAUGGCUUGGAUCAGGAGCAGUUUGGCAUCUUCAAGGCGAUUGUAGCCGACGUUGGAUUGCUCUGUCUGGAACUAUACAUUGGAUUGAUUGCCGUUAUCUGGAACUUGUCCAUUCAGGUGGUGGACCACUUUAAUUGGAACUCUUCGAACGAGAUCCUCGUUAGCUGCGUCUUUGUUCUGAUCUCAAAUGUGCUGAGCACUUUCAAGUCGCUGCCCUUCAAGAUAUACAAGAUCUUUGUGCUGGAGGAGACUCACGGCUUCAACAAACAGACUGCUGGAUUUUUCGUCUGGGAUCAGAUCAAAAGCUUUUUGGUCACCCAGGUGCUGAUGAUUCCCAUCACGGCGGCACUCAUCUUCAUUGUUCAGCGGGGCGGCGACAACUUCUUCAUCUGGUUGUGGAUGUUUACUGGAAUUAUUUCGUUGGUGCUGCUCACGAUUUACCCUAUAUUUAUUGCGCCAUUGUUUGACAAAUACACUCCUUUGGAGAAGGGACCGUUGCGCCAGUCUAUCGAGGAUCUGGCCGCCUCGCUGAAGUUCCCACUCACUAAAUUGUUUGUGGUUGAGGGAUCUAAGCGAUCCUCCCAUAGCAAUGCCUACUUCUAUGGCCUUUGGAACUCAAAGCGAAUCGUGCUGUUCGACACCUUGUUGUUGAACAAAGGAAAACCUGAUGACUCGGAACUAUCGGACGAUGAAAAGGGCAAGGGAUGCACGGAUGAAGAGGUGCUUGCUGUCUUGGGACACGAAUUGGGUCACUGGAAACUGGGACACGUCACCAAAAACAUUAUUAUUAUGCAGAUCCACCUUUUCCUUAUGUUUUUAGUAUUUGGCAACGUCUUCAAGUAUCCACCUUUUUAUGUCGCUAUGGGUUUCCAACCUGGAACCCGACCUAUUCUAGUAGGACUGUUAAUCGUCUUCACAUAUGUCUUGGCACCGUACAACGCACUCAUGAAUUUCGCUAUGACUAUUUUGUCGCGACGAUUCGAGUAUCAGGCUGACGAGUUCGCGUUCCAGCUGGGAUUCGCUGAGCAGUUGGGUCGUGCCCUUAUCAAGCUAAAUGUGGACAAUCUUGGCUUCCCUGUCUAUGACUGGCUGUAUUCCACAUGGAACCACUCUCAUCCCACUUUGCUGCAGCGAAUGGGACGCCUGCAGGAGCUUAAGGCAAGCAAGAAAUUAAACUAGAUAGCGCACAUCACACAAGACCAAAGUUUAUUCUGUUCUUUUGUUUUACGUAAAAUUAAUAAUAAAGCGGAGGGAUAUUCCCAACGAAA